UAUACGAGAUACAUUGCUGACCUUACACUUGUCAUCGAAAAAACCAUAACUGUGAAAAAUUCGGUAUAAAUUUCGGAUCUACUUGAGGAAUUGGCAUCUUAGCUCUCGAUUCUCGGCAUCUCCAGCAGAUCCCCACCCCAAGUUGUCUCAUCGAAUGGCUCCUAUUAAUCCUCACCUUCUCUCACCUCCCCCAUAAAUCAUAUGCCCACCCCUCCUCGUAUUCAUUCAAGCACUGCACCAGCCCCACAACCCACACAACCAAAACAAAAGAACCCAACAGGUUUCGGUCGGCCGGCAAUGGACUUGUUGGAUUCUCCUCUGGAAGCCCUUGCUCUCAAUUAUUUGAGCGUUGGGUUCCUCACAAUAGUCAAUAAUCUAUGGACGUGGGUCGCGGUUAUAACGGCCGCCGUUAGCUUCUGGAGGAUCAGAGCCGCCGGUGGUGCUCCCACUUACCUGAAAUCCGACGGCUCUCCACCGCCUCCUCGCAAUGAUCAAAGAUCAAGUGGGUCUGAGCUGGUUCCCGAGAUAUCGGUCCCUGACGUCUCGGCUGACGAGCCACCAGCCCCAGCCCCAGCUUCGGAAAUGGUGGUUGGCGACGACGUUAAAGUGGACGACGGAGUGACUAAGGGCACGAAGUUUGUUGCUGUGUUUUAUGGUGACGAUGACCGGGAAGGUGACGGCGAGUUAACGUCGGCGAAUGAGUGGGAGGAGAAUGGUGAUGAUGAGGGUUGUGGAGAUUGGUGGGAGAGGUGGGAGAGAGUUUUGAGGACGAGAACCGGGGAGAUGGGGUGGUACAGCUACCAGGACUUGACGGUGCUUAACGGAAACGUUGUUAGAUUGUGGGACAGCAGUACCUGUACCAGGAGUUUAAGGUACAGCUCAAGCUGUGUUGCGUGGUAGUUUGAUUAGGAAUUAUUUAGGGGGAUUUGGUUUUGGAGUUUAUGAAAGUUGUAUAUAAUUAAUUAAAAUGUGUAUCUAUUUUGUUGGUUGCAACAACCAAUCAUUCCAACCAUAUAUGCAAUGUUUUUGGCACUUUUGCCUGUUUGAUUGCA